UUUAUAUACAAACUGGAAGCAGCGAAACAACAAAACUGUUCAAAGUUGUGGCGCCUCAGCUCCGACAACUGUUAACAUGAUUGUUUAAUCGAAGUUCUAGGCAUUGAUGGGCUACUGUAAUUAAUGAACCUUAAAGAGUUUCAUGGCAUGCCCAAGAUGCUGCAACAGUGAUAUGGUUCAUCCACUGUUCUGAACUCCCUUACGAUUGUGAAGAUCCAGCCAGCUAGAUCAUGGAUGAUCUUCAGAACUACAGGAGUGCUCUAGUGACUGGUGCUGGGGACAGCAACUACUCUUCCAAGUUGGGUGGUCUUCGAUCUAGUCAGAGCAUUCUACCAUCUAAACCCUAUCCUGGAACAACCCCUAUGAGAGCAUACCAAGAUUCCAGGGACCCAAUGGGGUCAGUGGACUCUCUCCUAGCUGGUUCGUUCGGACAUCCAUCUCAGAAUGACAUCACAGAUGAUGACAGCUUGAACGAUCUUCCACCAAGGCAAUCCACCAGAGUGCACCGUUUGCCAAACCCGGUGGAGCACCUUAACAUGAAGACUCGUGGUGUACAGCUACCAGUCAAGCACACCAAUCAAAUAGGAACACAGAUUGGUAUACUCUUACCUAAAUACCACAUCCACCCACAGUCCAAGUGCAUCAUGUGUCGUGACUGUGGAAUAUUUUUCUCCCAUGACUCCUUCCUCCGGCAUCUCCAUGACAAUAUAGGUCGCCGCACAGACUGCCAGUCUUCAAUGCUUGAGCUUGGGGUAGAUAACCCUGGUGUCCAGCAGAUGAAAAUAUGGGAUGACUUUGUUGGAAAGCUGAAAGGAGAGGAGGGAUCACACAAGCGUCCUCGCACCUCUUCCUAUGACCCCAGUGGUGUAACCAAUAACGUAUCUCUAGGGGGUAGCAGCUAUCGUUCAGCAUCAGAUUCUUUUUCCACAACCCAGCCGAUUCAACCUCGAAGGCCUGCUAUGCAUUAUAGCCCUAGGACUAGCAUGCGCGGAGUUCAGCGAAGCCCGCCAGGCACCAAGGGGUCCCAACUUCCUGUAAAUCAUUCAGGGAAUAGCCCUAAAAGAACUGUUAUAGCAGAAGCAGGUUCAAUUUCCGACCUCAACAAGAACAUUCAGAACACUGUGGAUGCAUCAGAACGUCUCCUACGGGAGACCUCACAGUAUCUUGCCUCAACGGAGAAGUCACGGCAUCGAAGGAAUCGAUCCAUCACCAUGGACCUCCAAACAAAGUCUGCCCCUCCUGAGGGAAAGCCCCAUGUCUCUAGACCCCUCUUUACCUCGCAAAGUGCACCUCUUCUGCAAAACCCCCAAAGAGAAAAUACUUCAAUGGUCCACUUCUCUUUAUCUGGAACUCAAAACGGUGCCUCUGAGAAUGGCGAUACAGAGGGGAGCCAAACAGCUCGCUUUCCUCAAGAUACCAGAAUGUUUUCUGGUGGUGACCUGCCUUCAAGCGCAUCAAACCCAGAUACUCAUGUCACAUCACAAAGUAAUUCAAACUCUAUUGAUGCUAUGAAGGUUGCUACGUCAGUACUACCUCGAGAUGAAACAGGGUCAAGAUUUAGGUUCCCUGUAAUCAACGGAGAACAAAACCAGCAGAACAACAAGAAGGAAAAAGAAGAUCCUCUUUUCAUCUUGCAAACGGCUCAAGAGCUUCUCACCUUAGCCUCUCAUCAGAUCCAAGUCUUGAAAGAUGAGGCUGCCACAGGGAAUGGAGACCCAAAGUCUCUAGGUAAGCUUGAUAAUUGUAUUUAAACAACCUCUCCCUCCCCUCUCCCCCUCUCCAUCCCCUCCUCCUCCUCCCCAAGAGCUUUUCACCCUGGCCUCUCAUCAGAUCCAAGUCUUGAAAGAUGAGGCUGCCACAGGGAAUGGAGACCCAAAGUCUCCAGGAAGAGAUAAUGAAUUCUUACAGCUAUAUCAUGAGGAACGAUCAAAGCGAAGAAAGUUUGAAGCACAAAUACAAGACUUGCAGGACUCGCUGAAAGAAGAGCAGAAGCAACGUAAAGAAUUAGAGAUUCAACUACGAGCAUUAAAACUGCAAAGAUAACAAGACUCUAAACAUAUUUUCACCAAUGAAAUUUUUCAGGCACAGGUUCUUCCGGUUUGGGGUGGAAAGGUGGUGAGUGAUGCGGUUACUGAGGUGCCGGGAUGCGGAAAUUUUCAAUUUAUUUGAGGAUGACUGCUCUAAAUAUAUUGAGGAGCCAUGAUUAGCCUUGACUUGAUGUUGCAGUUGAUGUGCAAGAUGGGUUAGAAGUACAGGGUCAAAUUUUGAUGCUGUUUGUAGGAUCAUUUAGUUUUAUCUAUUUUUAAUGAACUUACGUCAAAUAGGAUUGCUACAAGAUUUUUUUCUAUUCUUUAAAGUGUGAAUUUUAAAUCAACCUUCUACGUAAUUUUAACAUGGGUCAUAUAUUUUAGAUAAUAAAUAUAAAUAUAUGUUGUUAGAAAUUCUCUAGUUUAAUUACCUUACACGGGUAUCUUUCUUUCAUUUUGGAUUUCCUAUUACAUAAUUUUUUUUUUAAUGAUUUCUUUUUUAAAAUAAAUAAGUUGAUGGUACAUUUCCUGUGAUUUCUGCAAGCCAUUGUAGAAAAAAUGUUGAAAAUAAGUAUUCCUGAUCAUU